AUGGCCGAAUUGACCGCCCUGUUCGAGGUCUUCUUCAACCUGAUCAUCUGUAAAUUUCAGCAAAGUAGAUUGCAGUGCGAUUGGCUGACCUUACAGGGCCUGCUUACGAAGGUAACUGAUGACGUGAUGAAUGCCGACACGGAAGAUGAGCUCGUUUAUCAAAAGUACGUGGACCGGUAUUUUCAUGCCUACGUGAGCGUCGGCAGCCUGUUUUUCUUCGCGGCAGUUACCUUUUCCUGCGGACCAUUGGUGAUGGACGUGGACCUACCGGCUGACGCGUGGUACCCUUUUUCAAUGGACUUGCAACUGGUCAGGUUGAGCGUUUACCUGAGCCAAGUUCUGGCAAUCUUGCAAACAGGGCUCUCCGUAACAGUUGACAUUACGGUUGGUAUGAUGUGUUGGUACACUUCGGCCAGUAUCGAGAUAUUGGCUAGGAGGGUGAGCAGGGUCGUCAGCGAGUCGGACUUGAGCCAGUGCAUCAUCGAGCAUCAGAGAAUAAUCAACUUCGCUCGAGAAACGAACUACGCAGUGCGCUAUUUGAUUCUGAAGGGUAACGGCACCAUGAAACUUUCUGCCGUCUGCGGAGCCUUCCCUCUGAUCUACCAUCAGCCUUUGCUGAUCGUCUCGCAGUUUAUCCUCGUCGUUUUCUGCGGCCUCUUCAAGCUUUAUUUGUCUGCUUGGCCAGCUGACGACAUGGCAGAAAUGAGCAACAAGUUGGGGGAUUCCACGUACUCGAUCCCAUGGAUUGAUGGAUCGGUGAAAAUGCGAAGCAGCGUUUUAUUCGUAGUACAACGGAGCCAGAUGCCGCUAGUGAUAUCGGUCUCGGGCGUCGUUCCUGCACUGACCCUCGCCUUCUACGCUACGUUUGUUUCAACAACUAUUUCGUACUUUGUUACCCUGAGGGCAGUCUUUGGCGAAUGAAUGAAGCUCGAUGAAUAAACUGAUCACACUGUUUCCUGUUGUUUUUAUUGGGAGUCAGAGAUUCGAAUCUAGAACACGUACGCAUGGACGGUCCAGCUCUAUAUCGCACGAAGGCAUGCAGUGAAGUGUCAACACUCGUUGAAACUCACUCGCAUCUGGACGAAUGUGGCCACAUCUGACGUUCACACAACGGAUCGAUAAUACCGGGGAGACAAAUAAGGAACAGCAAAGGGUUUAAAGUAGAUCGUGCCUGAAUGAUCGUACUUUAUGGGUGUCUAAAUUCGGUC